AUGCCCCGCCGGCCCGCUGCCAAGGCUUCAAGAGCUCCGCUAGCCGGACCGAAACAGCGUCUGUUGAGGGCCAGGGCUCACUCAAGUAAGCUGGAGGAGGUAGUUGGUACUUCCCAUUUUCGUGGUCGUUUCCCGUUGCCGCUUUUGUCCGAUCCCACUCCUAGUCGGCACAACCGUUGGUUUAGUCACGAGAAAAGACGGGACCCGUUCCGAUCUGAGAUGGAUGUAGGGGACCGGCAGAGCCACACCCUGCGUAAGAGAGAGCGCAACGACGACAUUUCGUACCUUGGAAGACAUCCAGGGGAUUUGUCCAACAAUAUCCGUGCUCUUUUAUUCUCCUCAUCUCUCAUCUAUCACACCAUUCGGGCAUUCUCGCCAAGCCACCAGCUGCAGGCUUCCCAAUCCUCCAGGGCCACUGCCCUCCAGGGGAUCAACAAACAACAGCAGACCGCCCCGAUGAAGCGCGCAUAUCUCACCCACACCCAGUUACCUCACAUCUCGCUGAUAGGGUGUAAUUACCAAGUAAUUGCUUCGUACCAUACAAGUUCAGAUUUCCACUCCAAGACAUGGGGCCGCCCCGCCGAUGGCCGUUGUACAUUCAAAACUGUAACGUAUCAGGAGAAAAAUCGCGCUGCUAUCAGACUCCAGUACGUGUACCAGCCCCCCCUUCCCCAUUGUGCCUCAAUCUGCGGAGCCCUGGGAGAUAAAUUGCAGAUUGCUAGCAUCUUCAGUCAGGAUCCUCUGCUUGAAGAGAAAAGAGACGACUUGAUGAUGUGGAGUUCGGCAUCUUCAGGUGGUGGACGCAUCGCGGGAGUAUGGGAGGUCCAGGGAUUCACGACUCAGGAUUCAGGGCUCAGGAUCCGCCUACCCGCUGGCCAAAUUACCAUCACCAUUAACUACGAGACGAACAAGUCCGGAGUCCGGACACCUUCAGGGACAUGGACGUUCCCCGCGAACCCACAACUCACAACGCUCCACUACACCUACUCCAUAUGCACGCCAUCGUGCUGCUUACCCCAUGUGCCAAUACACGAUCUUUUCAUUAAUGUGGGCCCUUUCAUUCAACGUCACGUCACCGAUUCUGCUCAACCUCCACCCCUCAUUCUCUCGUCUCCCUUGUCCCGAGUUUAUCGGGCUCCGCCAGUCAAUGACCGUGCCAACGUCAUCGACGACUAUUCGGGUAUCCCGUAG